GCUCACUAGGUGGAAGAGUUGCAUUACGACUCAGAAGCCGCAGGGAGGCUGAGAGCUGGGAGUUAGCGAGAGUCCUCUGAGUGAGUGUGAGUGUGUGUGUGAGAUCAGGUGCUUCACAGGAUCAAGACCUGGACUUUGCUGUGAAGUCAAACGGAGAACUCCACACCGGGACUCCACCGCUGCCGCUCCGCUGCCCGCCAUGGAUUUCUCCAAGCUGGCCAAGAUCCGCGAUGAGGAGAAGGAGAGCGCCUAUGGGUUCGUGUACGCCGUCUCCGGCCCCGUGGUGACCGCGUCGAGUAUGUCUGGAGCGGCGAUGUACGAGUUGGUGCGCGUGGGGCACAGCGAGCUGGUGGGGGAGAUCAUCCGCCUGGAGGGGGAGAUGGCCACCAUACAGGUGUACGAGGAGACCUCGGGCGUGACGGUGGGCGACCCGGUGCUGCGCACGGGCAAGCCGCUCUCCGUCGAGCUGGGCCCCGGGGUCAUGAACUCCAUCUUCGACGGCAUCCAGCGGCCCCUGCAGGACAUCGCCGAGCUCAGCAAGAGCAUCUACAUCCCCCGCGGGGUGAACGUCAGCGCACUCAGCGCAGACAAGAAGUGGGAGUUCAAGCCUGAGAAGAACAUGCGGGUGGGAGGCCACCUGACCGGGGGCGACAUCUACGCCGUGGUCUUUGAGAACUCACUCAUCAAGCACAGGCUCAUGGUGCCGCCACGGGCACGCGGCACCGUCAGCUACAUCGCCCCCGCCGGCUCCUACGACACCUCCGACGUGGUGCUGGAGCUGGAGUUUGAGGGCGUCAAGGAGAAGCACACCAUGGUGCAGGUGUGGCCGGUGCGGCAGGUGCGCCCCGUCGCAGAGAAGCUGCCCGCCAACAACCCACUGCUCACCGGGCAGCGCGUGCUGGACGCACUCUUCCCCUGCGUGCAGGGCGGCACCACGGCGAUCCCCGGCGCGUUUGGCUGCGGCAAGACGGUGAUCUCGCAGUCGCUCUCCAAGUUCUCCAACAGCGACGUCAUCAUCUACGUGGGCUGCGGAGAGCGCGGGAACGAGAUGUCUGAGGUGCUGCGGGACUUCCCCGAGUUGACCAUGGAAGUGGACGGCAAGGAGGAGUCGAUCAUGAAGAGGACGGCGCUGGUGGCCAACACCUCCAACAUGCCGGUGGCGGCGCGAGAGGCCUCCAUCUACACCGGCAUCACGCUGUCCGAGUAUUUCCGUGACAUGGGCUACAACGUGAGCAUGAUGGCCGACUCCACGUCCCGCUGGGCUGAAGCCUUGAGAGAGAUUUCAGGACGACUCGCGGAGAUGCCUGCCGACAGUGGCUACCCCGCGUAUCUGGGUGCGCGUCUCGCCUCCUUCUACGAACGCGCCGGGCGCGUCAAGUGCCUGGGCAACCCGGAGAGGGAGGGCAGUGUGAGCAUCGUGGGAGCUGUGUCCCCUCCAGGUGGUGACUUUUCAGACCCCGUUACGUCAGCCACCCUGGGUAUCGUACAGGUGUUCUGGGGUCUGGACAAGAAGCUGGCUCAGCGUAAACACUUCCCAUCUGUGAACUGGCUCAUCAGCUACAGCAAGUACAUGCGGGCCCUGGACGAGUACUACGAUCGACACUUCCCCGAGUUCGUGCCGCUGCGCUCCAAGGCGCGCGAGAUUCUGCAGGAGGAGGAGGACCUGGCCGAGAUCGUGCAGCUCGUGGGGAAGAGCUCCCUGGCGGAGACGGACAAGAUCACGCUGGAGGUGGCCAAGCUGAUCAAGGACGACUUCCUGCAGCAGAACGGCUACACGCCGUACGACCGCUUCUGCCCCUUCUACAAGACGGUGGGCAUGCUCUCCAACAUGAUCGCCUUCUACGACAUGGCACGCCACGCCGUGGAGACCACGGCGCAGAGCGACAACAAGAUCACCUGGGCGGUCAUUCGCGAGAACAUGAACGAAAUCCUGUACCGCCUCACCUCCAUGAAGUUCAAGGACCCACAAGAAGGAGAGGCUAAGAUCAAAGAGGAUUAUGCCAAGCUGUACGAUGACAUGCAGACAGCCUUCCGUGGCUUAGAAGAUUAAACACGCACGCACGUAUUACACACAUGUACACGCGCACGUAAACACAUUCACACGCAAGUACACACAUGUACACACGCACGUACACGCAUUCACGCGCGCAUUAAAAUAUAUGUUCACAGAUACACAUUCACACGCGAGCACGCAAACACAGCUGCAAUGGUUUCACAAUCGCACACGCACAGUGAUACGGUUUAGACUGCAUAACGCUUUGUAGCGCAAAACUAACACAAUUACGAUCUGCGCCAUCAAAAUUAAGAGAUGAAUAUAUAACGAGAACACGCAGGAAAAAUAAUGAUAAAGUGAGAGUAAGGAAAUUAAAUAUAUGUAUAUGUUGCAACCGUGCAUUUGCCUGCAGUAAAUUUUAGUCACGUUUUACGAUUGUGUAGAUGUGAGCUUCACACCCUCCCCCGGAGGGUAGGAGGAGGACCACCCCUCGUGUACACACUCCCGCGGUGUGUGUGUGUGUGACCGCGCACGGAUCGCGAUACACACCCAGCACGAUCCUGCGGCUGUGCUGGAUGUCCCCGUUCCUUCAUUCCAACGCGUCUCCUGUCCCCUGUGUCACCUCUCUACCACGUGGGUGGUGUGUCUCACGCUCCCCACCCUCCGCCACGUGUCUCGCUCCCUCGGUUGUUACGCGGCUGUCAUCGGUUAGGACUCGUCGACCCUGUGCGGGUUCCACUCUUAAGCCGUUCGCCCCCCCGGGGAGAGGGUGAUGGAUGUUCGUUCGUGCGUACGUACGGACGUUGAACUUUAGUGCCGGUACCUAGUUGGCCAGCCGCGGCUCGUCGGAGAUGCCGGGUAGGGGGAGGACGGAAGGACGACGAACUUAAACAUGAAAAGGCCGUGCUGGAGAAAUAAGUCGUCAAUCUGGCCGAUGAUUUAAAAGCGCCCGUGGCUCCCUGUGGCUUCCUCGCUAUCGAAAUUGAAGAGCGUUCCCCGGACGGGGCCCCUCGCAAAGAAGGGCAACCUGAAAGCGCCGAGCGACGCGGUCGCCGCCUUUGUUCGACGGGUUGGCCAAAAGCCGCUGCUGCGGGGGCGACCGGAGUUUUGCCUGAUGGUCGGCGCUCCUUGAUUUGUCAUUCAUUGUCGCGGGCCGUGGGUGCGGACGGCGUCCGUACGUUCGAGUCUCGCGCCGGCACGUAACGUGGCCAACCGUGGCCGAUCGGGGGUGCCGGGAAAGGGGGAGGGCGGAAGGACGACGAACCUGAACGCAAAAAGCAGUUCCGAAGAAAUGGGUUCUCAAUCCGGACGAUGAUUUUAACGGUGCGCGUGGUUCGCCAAACAUGGAAAUCGAACAGCGUUUCAGGCGGCCCGCAGCGAAGGAAAGGGGGUCGAGAGAUGUCAUUUGUCGUCGUGGUUGUGGUGGUGGUGUCUUUGAGAUGGUCCAAGGCAGCUCGGUUUCCCCCCCCCCCCACCCCUCUUCCCCUCCGUGUUUUGAGAAUUUCCGUCAAUAAACGUCUAUCCUCCCCUC